UUUUUUUUUUUUUUUUUUUGUCUUCUUCUUCAUUGGGUAUUAUCUCCUUACCACACUCUACUGCCACUCCGUCACCGUCGCCACCAUCAUCCACCGCUCCUUCCCCCUUCUUCGUGAGAGGCAUCUAAUCAAGCCUUAAAAAAAAAAUCUUGUUAUUUCCUCUGUCCAGUCAUAUUCUCAGGGAUUCAGGAAACUAGGAGCGGACGCAAUGGGACUUCUCAGCAUUAUUCGAAAGAUCAAGCGAAAGGAAAAGGAAAUGCGCAUCCUUAUGGUGGGUCUUGACAACUCUGGUAAGACAACGAUUGUUCUAAAAAUAAAUGGGGAAGACACGAGUGUCAUCAGUCCGACUCUUGGCUUCAACAUCAAAACCAUCACGUAUCAGAAGUAUACCCUCAAUAUAUGGGAUGUCGGGGGGCAGAAAACAAUACGGUCUUAUUGGAGAAACUACUUUGAGCAAACUGAUGGCUUGGUGUGGGUUGUGGAUAGUUCUGAUCUGAGAAGGCUAGAUGACUGUAGAUACGAGCUACAUAAUCUUCUGAAGGAAGAGAGGCUAUCAGGAGCAUCAUUAUUGAUUUUUGCAAAUAAGCAGGACAUACAAGGAGCUCUUUCUCCAGAUGAAAUAGCCAAAGUGCUUAAUCUGGAGGCUAUGGACAAUAGCCGGCACUGGAGAAUCGUGGGAUGUAGCGCAUACACCGGGGAAGGUCUACUUGAGGGAUUUGAUUGGCUGGUACAAGACGUUGCUUCACGAAUCUAUAUGCUUGAUUAAGUGAAAUUUACAUUAAGAUUUUGAUUCCUGCAAGAUGACCUUUUUACACACUGUAGUGUAAUACCAUUUGGAGUAUAUUUUUAGUGGAUAUAAAGAUCAAAUAGUCAUUAAGAUAUAAAGAUCAAAUAUUCAUUAAGGAGCAUUUCCCUAGUUGCUGCUCA